AUGAUCCAAGCCGCAGCGGUGCUGGUCGGGCGCGGAGCCUCGCAGUCUUCCCGCGGGCGGCGGGAGAGGCGACGCGGGUCUCAGGGACCACUGUACCAUCCUCCUCCCGGACGCGCUCCGUCUGUCCUUCGUCCUUGGCAGCAGCAGGCAUUUCGGCGCAUGCAGCGUCAGUCUCGUCCCUCCCGUCGCAAUCUCCGUGUUGCUCCGCCGGCGCCGCCGGCCUCGUCGUCCACUCAGUCACCCCGGGCAUCGCCCGUGUCGGCUCGACCGCCUCCUCAGAUGCCGGUUCAACUGUCUCUUCCUCGGGUUCCUAAUCCGCCUCUUGUAGCUGAUCCUCUGCCUGCUGGUGCACCACCGGAUCAGCGGCGGAGGGCGCGCCCGGGCCGCUGCAAGGGACCGCGGCACGAGGCCCCGCGCCAGUCCCUGCUGACACCUCUCCCUCCUCCUGCGCCGGAGCCGUUCCCACCACCAACUCCUGCGGAAGAUUCAUCGCAGAUCCCUCCUCCCCGUCCCGCGACCUUCCCCUGGGAAUCAUUGCUGCCUGCGGGUUGCUCCGCCUCUCACCCUCGGACCCCGCAACACCGCUGGAGUCGGCGGCUUGCACUUGCCGCCUUGCAGGCCCCCCAGGACAUUGUGCCUGCCGCCGCGUCCGUGUUGCGGUGGAUGGACGGGCGGCUCUGUUGGAUCCUGGCCGAGUAG